AUGUCAUGCAAAGGCAACCAAUAUAAACUAGACACAAAGAUUUCAGAGCUUUUACAAGCGACACAAACACCUAGCCCAUAAACCAAAUUAAUUAUAUUCUAAAAUAUAACAAAAUAAUCCCCAAGUUUAGCUAAAUUUUGUGUGAAGAAAACAUGUCAGAGGGACCGAUGUCUUUCAUGCACCUAGACAUGCUGGCCGAUAUACUACAUCAUGAUUUGAGGGAAAUGGCAUCGGAUUUCGAGAUCAAGAGUCAGUUUUGUAAAGAACAGGAGCAGAAGUGCCUAGACAACGCUAUAAAUCUUCUCUCAGUGGACCAGUUGCUGGGCUCCCUGAACUGCUGCAUGCUAAAGCUGGAAAUGGACCUAAAUGAGAACGAGACCAACCUGAUUGAGGCGGAGAAGACCGUCUCCCGACUGGAGAGGAAUUGUCAAAUAAACUCCAAGAAUCCAUCGCCUCGAGUUUACCCUUUGGCUCGUGCCACCUACGAGGACCUUCUCGAACAGCUUUUGGCCACCGAAAAAACAGCUGUUCAAUUCAACAAUAUUAAAAACGAGAUCGAGGCCUUUCACCAGGAGUCUGUAGAGAAACUAGCUCCUGGGAGUGUGAUAACUAAGCUCAUAAGCUACCACACUUCCACCCUGGAGUCAAUGGAAAAACAGAUUCAAGAUUUGGAGACCCAUGUUAAUCAACUCCAAAGCGAGUUCGAGCGGCUGAUGGAGGACAAGAAAUGCACCGCCAAGUGCCCCUGCCAACCGACUGGAAAUUAUGAGCCGAUGGACACCUCUUAGAUGUACAAAACUCUAGGCAUGUAAUCUGACGUUUGGUAACACAAUAUAUAUCCAAUAUAUUCUAAAUGCA